CUGUACCGGGGACCUCCCGCCACUCCCGGCCAAGGCCUGCAGGGGGCCGCCCCGCCCGUGCGAGAAUGUCCGGGGCCUCUCCGGGCGCGGCGCCUUGACCCAGGGGUCCCGACCCCCCAGAUGGGGCCCGGAUCCCUCGCUCGGCCACUGCUCCGGACGCUACGUCCAUCUCCCUGGGAUCUGGGCGCCACAUACUUGGCCCACAGGCUCCAGGGGCCGGGGCGGGAGGGAGCGGGUCUCUAGUUAAAGGCAUCCUUCCAAACCCUUGUUGACCUUACUGACCACUGAGUACUCCUUUCUUGUUCCCCUCUGUGGUCCCCGUCCGUGCCUUUUGUACGUGUGUGUUGGUGUAUGUGUGUACACAUACUCACUCAUUUGUACCCUUUCAACCAUUCGAUCACCUGGACCCUAAAACCCCGCCUGCUCCUUCUCCCUCCCACCCCUCCCCCAUCCUCUGUGAGCGGGGUCUGCUUAGUCCCCGGGCCAUUCCCCCUUUCAACCCAGAACGGGCAGCCUGGCAAACAUGGUACAAAAGCCCCCUGCUGUGGUUUCCCCCUACCCCCACCCCCAUGCCCUUCCUCUUGGUUCCUCUACUGUCUGACUUCCCUUGUCCGCCUGGUUCCUGGAUCCGGGAGGCCAGUGGCCCCCCUCCACUUCUCCCACCCCCCACUCCCCUGGCCAGACCAUGCCCCUCCUUCCAGCCAACAUUCCCUGUGUCUCCUGUCCCGUUACUGUUACCACCCCCUUUUGGCUCGUCAUUUCCUCCUCUCUCUUACUGGGGCAGAACAGCAGCCCCCUCCAGACUUGGUGCCAAACCAAGUUGCCUCCUUUUCUCAGGCUGCAUGUCCAUUUGGCUCCUGGAAGCUCCCUGUACUAAUUUGUUCUCCCUCGGAAGACAAACUGCACAAGCAAGCCCUCAUUUUCUAAUCUUGAAGUUUUUUUUUUUAUCCAGAAAACAUGGAGUUAAUUUUCCCCUACCACUAUCUUUCUUACCUGACUUGCAGCAGCCUCAGGCUCUUUCGAUUUAUUUUUCUCCUAUUUUAUAGUGUAUAGUUAGGUUCCUAUUUAUAAAAUGUUUUGCAUUUUAAGUUUGUUUUAAAAAAAUCAUUUUUUCAUGUUUAUCUUCACGUUAGGACCAAGCUAACUUUUCUUUUAAAAAUGAGAGCGUCUGUCUGUUUAACUUUAAAUCCUAUGAUUCUGGCUGCAGCAAAGUUUUAUUUAGCAAAUGGUGACUUAUCAGUACAGUUGUACAGUACUGGGAUUCAGGUGAAAAAGAUCAAAAAAUAUGUUCCUGACCAUAUUUAAGUCUAAUUAACAAGUAAUUAAGCAUCUACUUAGUAAGUACUAUGCACUGUGAAUGAAAAGGAAGACAAAAACUGUUCCAGUAACUUAAAAUUUUGUGAACAUAAGCACACAAUUAUGUACUAACAAGAUGUAUAUAGGACAAAUUGGAAAUAACCUUGAGUAGGCACUGGCAUUAACCAGGACUCAAAGGCAUGUGGAGUUUUAGCUGAAACUUGGAAGAGGCCUGGAGGCAGAGAUGAGAAAGAAUUCCAGGAGCACACUCUUAGGCAUUUCCCAGGAUAUCCAGUGGGAUUGCAACCUAGAUGAGACAUGGAGCAGUAUACAGCAAACAGCAAUAGUUCUACAGAACAGAUCGUUGUGCAGGCUGGACAGAUUCAGCAGCAGCAGCAGGGUGGUGUCACUGCUGUCCAGUUGCAGACAGAGGCCCAGGUGGCAUCCGCCUCAGGCCAGCAAGUCCAGACACUCCAGGUAGUCCAGGGUCAGCCUUUGAUGGUACAAGUGAGUGGAGGUCAACUAAUCACAUCAGCUGGCCAGCCCAUUAUGGUCCAGGCUGUUCCUGGUGGCCAAGGUCAGACCAUCAUGCAAGUACCUGUGUCUGGAACACAAGGAUUGCAGCAGAUCCAGUUGGUACAGCCAGGACAGAUUCAGAUUCAAGGUGGUCAGGCUGUGCAAGUGCAGGGUCAACAAGGCCAAACCCAGCAAAUCAUCAUUCAGCAGCCCCAGACUGCCGUCACUGCUGGACAGACUCAGACUCAGCAGCAGAUAGCUGUCCAAGGGCAGCAGGUGGCACAGACAGCAGAAGGUCAGACCAUUGUCUAUCAACCAGUCAAUGCAGAUGGCACUAUCCUGCAGCAAGUUACAGUCCCUGUUUCCGGCAUGAUCACCAUUCCAGCAGCCAGUCUGGCAGGAGCACAGAUUGUCCAGACAGGAGCCAAUACCAAUACAACUAGCAGUGGACAGGGGACUGUUACUGUGACACUACCAGUUGCUGGGAAUGUGGUCAAUUCAGGAGGAAUGGUCAUGAUGGUACCAGGGGCUGGUUCUGUGCCUGCUAUCCAGAGAAUCCCCUUGCCUGGAGCAGAAAUGCUUGAAGAGGAACCCCUCUAUGUGAAUGCUAAGCAGUAUCACCGGAUUCUUAAGAGGAGACAGGCUCGGGCCAAACUAGAGGCAGAAGGGAAAAUCCCCAAGGAAAGGAGGAAAUAUUUACAUGAGUCUAGGCAUCGUCACGCCAUGGCAAGGAAGCGUGGAGAAGGUGGUCGCUUUUUCUCUCCAAAGGAAAAGGAUAGUCCUCACAUGCAGGAUCCAAAUCAAGCAGAUGAAGAAGCAAUGGCACAAAUGAUUCGAGUAUCCUAACCAAAAGCAGAGAGAGCGAGCUGAUCCAGGUUCCUCUCCACUGUGUCCCAUUAUCCCAGGAAAUUGAGCAGACCUUCCAGUGGGACACUCAUGAUCACAUUCUGCCCUUUUCUACAAAACAGAAACCACUUAAUUUUUAAUAAGUGGUUUGGUAUUAUAAUUACAGUGAUCUCUGGCGAAUUGAAAUUCCAAGGACUCUGUCCCACUCCUCUCAGUCAGGACUUCAGACUAUUAAUGACAUUAGUAUUUCAUGUAUUUGGAUGGUACAAGAGACAAAAAGCCAACGAGACAGUACGACAAGUGGCACUUAAUUCAGCUGGUGAAGCAGGGCCAUCCCAAGGGAGAGAUGCUGUUUGAUAAUUUAGCAAGACUGCAAUCCAGGAAACCACAGCCUACUUCUUCCACUUGGAGUUUGCUUAGUCUCACCCAUCCACGAAGUUUGAGAUUUUAUGUGUGACCAACAGAAUGGACAUGUUGCAUGCGGAGAUGACUUUCAGGCAGAGGAAAUUUCUAUGUGUAAAGAACAUACUGUUCCCUAAGAAUAAGGUUCAAUCGGCCUAUAACUACAGCAAGAACCUGAAUCCAUCUGUUUGAUUUAAUGCCAUGGUGGGAAAUACACCUCUGGAGUAAAAGAAUCAAAGACUCCCUAGCAUUUUAAAAUGCUUCUCUUCUCAGUCUUACCUGCCUUUCCACUGAAAAUGUAACUGAUUAUAUUGAGAUCAGCUGGAUCACAGAUUUUCUUUCCCCCCUCCCCCCAAAGGUUCUAGGGAUGGCCAGUCCUAGAAGUUGCCAUCCCUGGAGCAGAAAACAAAACAAUUUAAAUCCUUUUUUUUGUGUUCAAGUGCUGAGAACAUUUGCAGUCAGUAAAAUGGCAAGAGACAAAAAGUGCAGGUUGCUGAUCACAGACUUUCUAUAAAACUGUCCUCCUUUGACAGCACUUCAGGAAUAGAAGGGAGAAUGCAAUGAUUUGUUAUUUUGAAUAAUGUGUUGUCUGUGUGUGUGUGUGUGUGUGUGUGUGUGUGUGUGUUGUAACAUGACUCAGUGGAGACCUGGAGAUCCUUAGAAAGUGAAGAGUGAGGAACAGAUUCAUCCUAAGACCUAACCUAGCAAGGGAAUAGAAAUGCACUUACUGUCUUUAGUCUGAGAUUUACAAAAACCAUUGCUUUAUUUUACCCAGGUGCCAUGGUUAUUCCGUGUUACUUAUUGGAGCCAGUAAUGAAAUUCUGUUGCUACAGCAGUUUGUGUUUUUUAAAUCCCCUUGGCAGCUGGUGUAUGGACACCUAUUUCCACUUGCUUUCCCCACUUAAGAUGUAACCCUUAUGCUGUGGUUUAGGGGUCUUGUACAGAAAGGCUUUCACAUUGUAUCUUGACUGUGGGACCAAACUGGAAAUCAAUUCUGGAGCCGUCGAAACAUUAGGAACGGAGCAGGGUUACCAUUUCUUAGUGCCCAUCAGAAAUCAAGCUUCCAUCUCUUGGCUCCUGUGGUUCAGAGAAUUAUGGCGAUUGUUUUAGAAGAAUUGCUGUCUAUUGAACAAAAGUGGUUUAAAAUAUUCAGUACUUAUACUGAAAAACUGGAGCUAAGUCUAAAUAAGGGGGAGGGGAUGCAUUUUCAUUUUUGUCUUCCCUGUAAAAAUGUUGCAUGAAAAAGGGAAGGGAAAAUAAAAUCUUUAGAAGAAAAUGAAUCCAAAAAUAAGGGCUGUUAUGGGGACAGUGGCAGAGAUAUAGAUGGGUACAUCUCCCUCAUUCCAGGACUAACAGGUUCUGGAAUCCAUGUACCCAGUGUGGCUUCCAGAUGUCCCUUUCAGAUACUCCCUUGGGAACUGAUUUGUUAUUCUGUAGUUUCAGAGGCUCAGUCUUACUUGCUAAGAACAAAGUUUGUAUGAUGAUAAGAUAAAACAGAAGGGGUUUAGAUUCCUGGUUUAUCUUUAGGAUCCAGUAUUAAAAGAAGGAAGCCCCUCAAAUCUGAUCUCUAAAGCUCAAGCUCAUUAAGAAAAACAUUUUUUAAACUGUAUUUAUUUAUGUUUGUAAACUUGUACAUAGUAACAACCCUGCAAAUGUUCUGUUACUCAAUUUUACAUCUUUUAGGUUCUUUUAGGGUUUUUUGUUAUUUGGGGGCUUGGAGAAGGGAGGAAAAUGCUUCAGUUUUCAGUUUGACUUUGGCAUUUAAGAGUAUCAGGUCCCUUUUUUUGUUAUCUUGAAACACCAUGACUUUGCAAGGAAAGUUUGGGGUUUGGGAAAUCUUUUUUUGUUUAUUUGCUCCUAGGAAAUCCUUUCCUUGUUUGUAGGUAUGACUGUUCUAAUGACCUUACAAUUGAAAAAGUGGGUGACUGGAUGAAUGAAUAAUUGGCAUAAUGUAUAGUGUUAAAUUUCAUUUGAGUACUUUUUUUUUGCAGGAUAAUUGUGUGUAUGUAUAUAUAAAUAUAUAUUAUAUUUUUAAGUGCAUUGUUACACAUAACAUGUCCAUGUCUAUACCGCUGGACCAGGGGAACGUUUUCUGGGUUGUGGGUGCCUGUUAAUAAUGUCUUGGCUUUCAUUUGUGACCUUAAGCUAUAUGAAGGUUUUUCCCCCAGGGGAGAGGGGAGUACAGGUGAUCAUUGGUGACAUUGUAAUUCAGAGGAAUUUCCCAUUGUUAUUUUUUAAAAGAAA